CUGUGAAGGCUAAAAAUCGGUUAAAACGCCUACAGGUGGUCAGCAGUGCAUUAUCUGAUAGGCUUAUAUACGUCACUCUUGGUUCUCAAUCUCUGAAACUGCCCUCCUACACCAAUGAAUGACAGAUUUAGCCACAACCAAUAUAAUAAUAUCAUAUUGUUACAUUUUAAAGUCAAAUUUUAUAAAAAAAAAAAAAAAAUAAGAAGAAUGUUAACUGUUAAAAAUAAUAAUAAUUAAGAUAAUUUGUUCUGCAGUGUCAGCUAGACUAAUUCUCUGGCUCUUAUCCAAGAGGUAGGUUGCUUAACAUGUAAAAAAAAAAAAAAAAUUAAAGAAAAUAAAUCAUGUGAGGAAUGUUUUGCUUUAAGCUGCUUUACUAGUGAGUGAAGGGUUGCCAAAAAAUCUGAUGCAUAAGGGUGUUUAACUUUACACAAUCAGGGAGGGCCAAAACUGUCAUAGCCUAAUUAUGUCUAAACAUAGCCAUAUAGUUCAUUGUAUAAUUUAUUUAUGUGUGGAUUUGAUUUAUUUUGCUUUAAUUCUCUAUAUUUUCUGAGGAAACAUUGUAAAUAAUUUUGAAACGUUGGCUAUAUCUUUAUGGUUUAACAGUCUAAUACAAGGCUAUGUUUUAAAAUUUCAUGAAAUACAUUCUUCCUUUUCCUUAUCUGCUGAGGACCUGAAUCAUGUCCUGAAUGCACCCCGCGGCCAGUAGGUUUUUAUCCCCGUAGAUUUUUACGUAACACCCCUAGUGUCUGCAGCCAGAAGAGCAUGAAGUCGCCAUCAGCUGCACCGUGUUACUUAACAGAACUGAGGAACCCCUCCAGUGAGUUUCAUAAUUAGGUUUUGUAAGGGCAUGCUGACGUAAGGGCAUGUGAGGGCUUUGCCAGUGGUCUACAAAUGCCGUUCCUCGUCGCACUGAAAACAUUGUUUAACCCCUCAACUCGGACUGUGAAUCAAACAUGAAAAAUACCAGGGAGAAAGUAAUUGGAAGUCAAGUUAUUUCAGCCGAACUUGUGGUAGGACUGCUACUCAGCAUCGCGUAUCGGAUGUGUUCCAGUUUGGCUUUUCCCUCAGAGGAAAGCGUCAGUGACGGAAGCGCGCAGUUUGAAGUAACGCGCUCACUCGUGUGUGUGUGGGUUGCCAGUAAUGUUAAGUUCAUUUUCUUUAAAAGCAACAACCAUCCACUUUCUCUCUCUGCUCAUUCCAUAUCAAGGCUUGUGGCUUUCCUUUCAUUGUUAGGAGUCUGCAGAGAGGGAUGCAUUCAAGGAGGAGAUCUUAAACAUCUUCCAGUGGUGGAUAUGGCGGUGUUCUUGUUCUUUCUUCUAAGCAGUUUGAUUCUUUUGAUCUUAGAUCACAAUCAGCUGAAAGGCUGUUUGAAACGAUCUGAACGGCUCAGUAAUCCCCAGAGCUUUUUCCUUCAAAUGGAUUUUUUUGCCAACUUCAUUUUUGGCCUCAUGUGGUUGGUUUUUCCAGGAUGGCUACUUGGGUCACAGAUUAGUGGAUCUGAGGAUAAUCUUCAUCUCACACGUGCAUUUGGAGCCAUGAUGGUUGGAGACAGCUUUGUUUCUUUUAACACUCAGAAACAAAUGGCAACCAAUGAAGUAUCAGUCUUCAGCUGCCGAGCCGUGGGGACUUUGGCAGUUGUCGCCUUCUUGAUCCACACCCAGCUCACCACAUCGGCAUGGAAAACCCCACAUCUUUGUUUGUGCCUAGUAGGGGUCAGUCUCUGGGCUGUUAACUCCAUCCUUGGCUACCUGAGCUCCAAAGAUACGAGGACAGAGUCAGUGAAUGAUAUAUAUUGGCAUGCAGUACAAAAAAAUGACGGAAGACUUUAUGUACGAUAGAUUUUGUCUGCAGACAUCAUUCGGUGCAUUUUGAUGAUCUUUAUGACAAACUGUUUAUACUGUAAAUAUAGUGUUAUUGUGUUUAUAAAUAAUAAAUAGGUGUAUUUCUUUGUAAAUAAUUGUUCUUUUUAAUUUAUACUUAUGACUAUUGUAAUGAAAUUGAAAAUAUUAUUUUCAUCAUACGUACAUAUGCAAGUAAAGAUAAACUUGUCAUGUUGUGAGUGCA